AUGAAAGCCCUCAUCUUUGCAGCUGCUGGCCUCCUGCUUCUGUUGCCCACUUUUUGUCAGAGUGGCAUGGAAAAAGAUACAAACAACUUGGCAAAGCCAACCUUACCUAUUAAGAUCUUUCGUGGAGCUCCCCCAAAUUCUUUUGAAAAAUUCCCCUUUUCUGCCUUAGAAGGCUGGACAGGAGCCACGAUUACUGUAAAAAUUAAGUGCCCUGAAGAAAGUGCUUCACAUCUCCAUGUGAAAAAUGCUACCAUGGAGUAUCUGACCAGCUGCUUAAGUACCAAACUGAUACCUGCCAUCUACCUCCUGGUGUUUGUUGUUGGUGUCCCGGCCAAUGCUGUGACCCUGUGGAUGCUUUUCUUCAGGACCAGAUCCAUCUGUACCACCGUAUUCUACACCAACCUGGCCAUUGCAGAUUUUCUUUUUUGUGUUACAUUGCCCUUUAAGAUAGCUUAUCAUCUCAAUAGGAACAACUGGGUAUUUGGAGAGGUCCUGUGCCCGGCCACCACAGUCAUCUUCUAUGGCAACAUGUACUGCUCCAUUCUGCUCCUUGCCUGCAUCAGCAUCAACCGCUACCUGGCUAUCGUCCAUCCUUUCACCUACCGGGGCCUGCCCAAGCACACCUAUGCAUUGGUAACAUGUGGACUGGUGUGGGCAACAGUUUUCUUAUAUAUGCUGCCAUUUUUCAUCCUGAAGCAGGAAUAUUACCUUGUUCAGCCAGACAUCACCACCUGCCAUGAUGUUCACAACACAUGCGAGUCCUCAUCUCCCUUCCAACUCUACUACUUCAUCUCCUUGGCAUUCUUUGGAUUCUUAAUUCCAUUUGUGCUUAUCAUCUACUGCUACACAGCCAUCAUCCGGACACUUAAUACAUAUGAUCAUAGAUGGUUGUGGUAUGUUAAGGCGACUCACCUCAUCCUGGUGAUUUUUACCAUUUGCUUUGCUCCAAGCAAUAUUACACUUAUUAUUCACCAAGCUAACCACUACUACAACAACACUGAUGGCUUAUAUUUUAUAUAUCUCAUAGCUUUGUGCCUGGGUAGCCUUAACAGUUGCUUAGACCCAUUGCUUUUUUUUCUCAUGUCAAAAAUCAGAAAUCACUCCACUGCUUACCUUACAAAAUAG